UGAGUGUGCUGGUGUGUGGUCAUGGACUGUUAGACAACUCAGCGCCAGUAAAGAGGCUCUCUGAAUUGAAAGACGCGAACUGAACACACACUGUUCACUCUUUAAGGAGAGAAAAGCAAAAUGAUAGACGUUGCUGUCAAGGUUUUUCUGCUUUGCUGCCUGUUUGAAGGCAGCCGGUGCCAGGGUUGGGCGACCUUCAUGCCGACCAGCGUGGAGGGUCUGGUCGGCUCCUGCGUGAAGAUCCCCUGCAGGUUCACCUUGCCUCCUGAACGGGAGGCUGACUUGGACGACACCUGUCGAGCCAUUUGGAGGAAGGGCUACUACAGGACGGUUGUGUUCGACUCCAGCCGCACCGGGGAGAUGACCGACUCGGACUUCCUGCAGGGAAACCUCACCGGGAACUUGAAGGAUCGGGACUGCACCACCAUCCUGCACAACGUGUUGUCCAACCACGACGAUUAUUAUUACUUCAGACUGGAGUGUGACAACGCCAACAAGUUCAACUUUUUCGACGAAAGUGUGACUUUGAACAUCAGAGACUCUCCCCCCAAGCCCAACAUCGUGGCCGACAACAGCGAUAUAAAGGAGGGCGACACGCUGACGUUGCAGUGCAGGGCCCCCGCUCAUUGUCCCUUGCUGCCUCCCGCUCUGACGUGGACGCCACGGCUGGCCGACGUCCAGGAGACGCCGGAAGGACCCGAGGUGACGUCUGUGAUGGAGGUGACCGCCACUUACCUCCACAACGCUGUCGAGGUCUCCUGCACGGCGCGCUACACGAGACAAGAUGGACGACGCGACAUCACCCAAAGGAGUUUGACCCUUCGGGUUGGCUACGCUCCGAAGAACACGUCAGUCAGCUACGUGAGUCCAGUGACGGAGGGCACUUCCAUCACGCUGACCUGCAACACCGACGCCAACCCAGCUGUGGACAGCUACACCUGGUACCAAGUGGACGGAAAUCAGGUGACACCGGUGGGAUCCAGGAAACAACAUUACAUCACGGUCACAGAGGCCACAAUCAGCUUUUACUGCAGAGUCCACAACAGAUAUGGAUACCAGAACUCAUCCAGAACGCUGAUAGACGUGCAAUUUCCUCCCAAGGAAACAACAGUUAUCUUCGAGCCCGCUGGUCCGAUAGUGGAGGGCGACACUGUGGUGCUGCUGUGUCAAAGCCGGGCCAAACCGCCUGCGUCCAACCAUGCCUGGUUAAAAAACGGCAACCGGAUACGCAACGAGACGGACGGGGUCUUGAUCUUGGAACGUGUGGAGGAGAGCGAUCGCGCCCUCUAUCGCUGUAGAGCCAUAAACCAGCUGGGAGAGGAGCUCUCAGCCGGCGUUCAGAUGGACGUUGAAUAUCCCCCGAGAAACACUGCGGUGACGGCGUAUCCGUCCGGCCCGGUCCCAGACGGCAGCACUGUGACUUUAAGGUGCACGAGCAUGGCCAAUCCAGCAGUGGCCAACUUCACGUGGUACAGAGUGGCUGCGGGGGAGCGUGAGGUGAUUGGCCAAGGGGAGGCGAUCUUCUACAACGUGAAAAAACUUUCAGAGGAAAGCUUCUACUGUCAAACUGUCAACGUCCACGGCCUUGACGUCUCUGAGCCUCUCAACAUCAAUGUCACAUUCCGUCCAGAGAUCCUGGCCUCGUCCCACUGCGAAGACGUCUCAUCCCAGACACGAUGCUCCUGUGACAGCCGGGCCAACCCGCCCCCUUUGCUGCGUUGGGAGUUAUCCGGGGUGCCUGUCAAUCAAUCUGCCAUCACGGAGGUGGCCCUCGAGGGCGGGGCCACGACCAGCAUUGUCACUCUCCAGCUUCCGGACCGAGACACCUUUCUGUUGGUCUGUUUCAGCGUCAACCCUCUAGGCUUGGACAGUGUGGCCUUCAACAUGUCCUCCCCCCGCAUUGAAAACGGUCGGUACAUUCUGGGGGUUCUAGUCGGUUCCACCGUUGGAGUGUUAGCCAUGCUGUUCUUGAGUCUGCUGCUGUUCUUGUACAUUCGCAGGAAAACCAAAGGCAACUUUCCAGCCAAUCAGGGACGAGCAGACAACGCCGCCCACUUCCUUGUGACAAACGAGAGCAACCCGGGCUACGUCAACGCCACUUACGCCAACAAUGUGGCGAAGGACGAAGCGCCCGUGGAGGAGGACGAGCUUCACUACGCUGACGUCCGACUGGCCAAAUUGCAGGCGAAGUCAGACGGCGAGCCUGAGAUCCGAGGCCUCUCCUCCAUGACGGGCGAGUACGCCGAGAUCCGACUGCGCUCCAAGGGCAGCGAUGGCGGCGGAGGAGAAGAAGCCGGCAUCCGAACUGGGGAGGAGGAGGACGGAGCAGCGAGCGAGGAGGUUUUGUCUUGGCUUACUGUACACACGCAGUACAGUAAACACACGGACAUGAGGGAGAAGAGAAGUUUGCUAUAUAAUUCGAGACUAUACUGCAAAGGGGAGAAAAACAAAAUGAUUGACGUUGUUGUGUCGAUCUUCCUGCUUUGCUGCCUUUUCGAAGGCAGUCAGUGCAAUGUAUGGAAGUUGAUCGUGCCCUCCCACGUGGAGACACUGAGCGGCACCUGUGUGAAAAUCCCCUGCAAGUUCACUGUGCCUGAUAAUUGGAAGGCUUACGUAGACGACUCCUGCAGAGCAAAAUGGCGCACUUUCAAAUGGUGGUACGGGUACACGGAGAUGUUUGAUUCCCGUGCUCCAACCUACUCCAACCGCAGGCCAGGAACGUUUAUUGGGAACUUGAAGAAGCUGGACUGCACCACCAUCUUGUUCGAUAUGCCAUCAGCCCUGUCUGACAAUACGUUUUACUUCCUGCUGGAAUGUAAAAGGUUCCAACAGAAAUUUGACCAAAGUAUGACUUUGGACAUCCGAGCGGCUCCCCGCGGGCCCACCCUCAAAGCCAACAGUGUGUACCUGAAGGAAGGCGACGCGCUGACAUUGGCGUGCGAAACAAUGACUUAUUGUCCCUUGCACCCUCCCGAACUGACGUGGCAGCCAUCUCUGAGCAAAAGUGACAUUGAAGUGACGCUGAAGGAAUCGACCAGGAUUUCUGUGAUGAAGGCGAACGCCUCUUCCAGCCACAAUGCUGUAAAGGUCACCUGCAAGACAAACUACGGACGAAAAAACAAGGCGAACGACGGCAGCGAAAAUAGUUUGACCCUUCAUGUUGAUUACGCUCCAAAGAACACCUCAGUCAGCUACGUAAGUCCAGUGACGGAGGGCACUUCCAUCACGCUGACCUGCAUUACCAACGCCAACCCAGUUGUGGACAGCUACAUCUGGUACCAAGUGGACGGAGAUCAGGUGACACCAGUGGGAUCCAGUACAACAAUGUCCAUCACGGUCACAGAGGCCACAAACACCUUUUACUGCAGAGUCCACAACAAAUAUGGAUACCAGAACUCAUCCAUCACGGUGAUUGACGUGCAAUUUCCUCCCAAGGAAACAACAGUAAUCUUGGAACCCGCUGGUCCGAUAGUGGAGGGCGACACUGUGGUCCUGUUGUGUCAAAACCGGGCUCAACCUCCUGUGUCCAACUAUGUCUGGUUCAAAGACGACGGCAAAGAAGACAAUGAGACGGGAGCAGACUUGCAUUUGGAACGUGUAGAGACAAAACACAGCGGCUUCUAUCGAUGUAAAGCCACAAACAAGCUGGGAGAGGAAACAUCAGCCACUGUUCAGCUGGACGUUGAAUAUCCUCCUAGAAACACUUCGGUGACGGUGGAUCCAUCCGGCCCGGUCCCAGAUGGCAGCACUGUGACUUUAAGGUGCACGAGCGUGGCCAAUCCAGCAGUGGCCAACUUCACGUGGUACAGAGUGGCUGCGGGGGAGCGUGAGGUGAUUGGCCAAGGGGAGGCGAUCUCCUUCAACGUGAGCAAACUUUCACAGGAAGACUUCUACUGUCUAACUGUCAACGUCCACGGCCUUGACGUCUCUGAGCCUCUCAACAUCAAUGUCACAUUCCGUCCAGAGAUCCUGGCCUCGUCCCACUGCGAAGACGUCUCAUCCCAGACACGAUGCUCCUGUGACAGCCGGGCCAACCCGCCCCCUUUGCUGCGUUGGGAGUUAUCUGGGGUGCCUGUCAAUCAAUCUGCCAUCACGGAUGUGACGACCCCUUUGCUGCGUUGGGAGUUAUCCGGGAUGCCUGUCAAUCAAUCUGCCAUCGCGGAUGUGACCCUCGGGGGCGUGACAAGUACCAGCGUUGUCACCCUCAAGCUUUCGGACCAAGACCGAGAUGCCUUGUCGCUGGUCUGUUUCAGCGUCAACCCUCUAGGCUUGGACAGUUUGGCCUUCGACAUGUCCUCCCCUCGCAUUGAAAACGCUCGGUACAGUCUGUGGGUUCUGAUCGGUUCCCCCGUGGGAGUGUUAGCCAUGCUGUUCUUGAGUCUGCUGCUGAUUUUGCACAUUUGCAGGAAGACCAAAGGCAGGUAUGUAACAAAUCCGGGACAAGACGAUGACGACACCGCCCCCAUCAUUGCGACAAAUGAGGAGAAAGAGCGCGACUCGGGCUACGUUAACGUCAUUUUCAACAACCAGGCUGAUGUCGAGGAGGACCAGCUUGACUUCGCCGACGUCAACGUGGUCAAGUUUGAGGCGAAGAAUCAGAAAACCAAAGGCAGGUAUACAACAAAUCCGGGACAAGACGAUGACGACGCCGUCCCCAUCAUUGCGACAAACGAGGAGAAAGAGAGCAACUUGGGCUACGUUAACGUCGUUUUCAACAACCAGGCAGAUGUCGAGGACGACCAGCUUGACAUCGGCGAAGUCAACGUGGUCAAGUUUGAGGCGAAAAAUCAGAAAACCAAAGGCAGGUAUACAACAAAUCAGGGACAAGACGAUGACGACGCCGUCCCCAUCAUUGCGACAAAUGAGGAGAAAGAGAGCAGAUCAGGCUACGUUAACGUCGUUUUUAAACAACCAGGCGGAUGUCGAGGAGGACCAGCUUGACUUCGCCGACGUCAAAGUGGUCAAGUUUGAGGCGAAGAAUCAGUAAGUCUAAGACCUCUACUUUCAUGAUGUCUGAAUUCUGCCUAGCAACAAGUGGCCAAUCAAAGGUGUGGUGAAGAGUAAAAAUUAUUCUAAUGUACGUUUGCUCCUUUUUACAGACAAGUAGAUGUUUUGUGAUGUAUUUAGAAUUGCAAAGCAUAUUUAAUUUAAUGCAUCACUUUUGGAAGACUAAUUCCAGCAUCAUCACUGGUGCUAGAAAUCAAUCUUUGAAAUGUAUUAUGCUUGUCCUGUUUGUAAAAUGUUGAUAACAUUUAAAAAAAUAUAAACAGGUGGUCAUAGUGAGUUUAUUCAAAAGAUUAAUAGAGUGGGCAAUUCAAUGGUUUGUUUUUUGUUUUAUAUAUUACAUUUAUUCAAUAUUUAUUGAAGUGUGAGAUUUAGUUAUUUAGGGAUUGUAUUUUUUGUUUUAUUUAUUACAAUUAUUACAUAUUUAUUAAAGUGUAAAAUAUAAGUAUUUAUGAAUUUUAUUCAUUACAUUUGAAUUAUAUAUUUUUGAAAAAUAAGGUUAGAUUAAUAUUGUUGAAGCAUUGUAAAACAACCUCUAAUGCUGCAAAUCAACAAUCCUUACAUAACAAAGUUGCAACGCCACAUUCUUCUUUUUGACUUGACUGUGUUCAUAUUCCUCUUUAUGUAUUUCAUUCAUAUUGAUCUCUACUGUGGUUUUAAAGUCUCCUGUGCUGGUGAAAUAUGUAAGUUUCGUUUG